AUGGGCAUCAACAAAAACAAAAUCGCCAUAAAUACUGGAUUGAGUGACUCGAAUGAAAAUAAUAUAAUGAUUGAAAGAAGUAAAACGCUACAGAAAGGUGUAAAGCAAGGAGAAAGGGAAAGACGUGAGGGUGAUGACACUUCUGAUGAUGCUUUACCUUUCACUCAGCUAGCGACGUCGCUAAAUAAUAUAAAGUGUGUAAACUUAAAACCAGGAAUCUAUGUUAUUAUUAAAUAUGAAGGGGAAUACUUUCCUGGAAGAAUUGAAAACAAGGAUGGCGACCUUUUCGAAAUUAGCACAAUGGUGUUAUCUACAAACAAUACUUUCAGAUGGCCGGAAAGACCAGAUAGAAUCUGGUAUAGACUUAACGAUAUCGUUGAAAUUAUUACUUCACCUAUCAAACAUAAUAACAGAGGCUUCUUUAAAGUCACUGAAAUGGAAAAGUUUUUGCCUAAUAUAUAUACAUAA